ACAACAUGGGCAAACCAACUGGCGCUUAGGCUUGGGCCUGGAGGGGGAGUUUGGAAAUGUAAUGGUAGCCGCUUUCGGCAUACUUGCUUCAAUCAGACACCAUACAGGUUCUUUAUUUCGUUUUCGCAACUCGUUUGAACCUUGACUGUUUCGAAUCGGAAUCGAUGUCAGAGGUAUGGAUACGGCGAUGGGACUCGAGUGGUGUGUACCCGGUACAGGUUCCACCCUCGAUCUUGGGACCAAGAACGGAGUAUUCAGAUGCAGGCCGACGACACCUGUAUGGACCGGAGCACAUCGCAUGGCCCCGAUCGCGACAGUGCCGGACGGGACGCGUUAUGUGGCUUGCUCGGAGAUAACACCGGGGGUGUGGUAUUGGCUGCUGCUGAGUCCGUUUUUGCGACGAAUGGGCACAGUAAUGCCUGUCGUUGCAUGGGGGGAAACCCGAUCCCCUGAUGUGAGUAUCGGUCAAGAUCGAGGUGGUAUCGCAGUUGGAAAGGGGAAAGAGACGAUGAGUCGAAAAGCAAAGAGGUACUUUGGCACUGGAUAUCAAGUGCGGAUUAAGGUAGCAGUCUCUCUGAACAGAGUAUCGCGUUGGAUGGAAACCUGGCAGGCGAGGGCGAUUCUCAUGACCAUAUUCAGCAUAAGGUUGCGAGCUGCAUCUUGUGCAGGCCCUCGAGUGAUGACAAGUCGUUUCUGGACUGCGGCGCGGGGCAUCGUAGCUGUGUCUGUAGCUGCGGACCGACGGGCUACAACGGGGAUGGGGAGGUCGGCGUGGAGGACGGAAACAGUGGUGAUGCAUGGCGGACCUCGGGCUUGCGUGGGUUUAGGUGGUUGUGUUGCGAUCAGGUCCCCUAUCAGCCCAAUCGGUCCCGAUCCCACGGUUCCACUGACACACACAGCUGUAAGGGAGCUUGGAGUUGCCAGCUGGGUCAGACUCGUUACACCAAACGGCGUGCAGGACGCACGAGUGGACGUCCUGCAAUACUCGACAGGGAGUUCAGAGGCCUGUCAAAAAGCAGGGCCGGCAUCCAGGAAGGCGCAUUCCAGCUGAGAUCCAGGUCCAUGUCCCUAGCUUCGUAGCGUCCCAGCAUGUCUUGCUCUCAGGAAUGACUGUGAGCGAGAUGGCAAGAGUCAUAGUGUGGGUUGCCGGGUCUCUGACAGAUCGUGACGGAUCGUGACGGGGUCCUGAAAAGCCGCCUUGCGGGAGAUGCCAGUGCCUGGGUUGGCAAGGGAAAGAUGAGGAUUGUACGGGCGGCCAUGUCUCUCAUCGUAAGACAUGCAAAACCGUCAUA